AUGGAAAAUGAAAUUAUUUUAAACGAUAAAUUAGAAGAGCUAAAAGAUUUGAUAUACAUAGACGAAACACCUUUUCAUCAUCUAGAUUUUGUGAAAGUUCCUUGUACCCCUUGUUGCAUCUUGCCUGGUAUGUCCUUCUUGAGCGCCAGAGCUAUGGAAGAGUAUAAAAAUGGAUAUCGAACAGAUGAAAUAAACGAAACAGACGAAAUACUUAUCGAGUACUUCUAUGCAAAGAGGUUGCAUAAAAACAACUUAGUAAAAAUCAAAUUUCCAGAAUACUAUGAAAUGGCUGGAGCACUUUUAUCUGAUGCCACUGCAGCGUGUGUAGGAAGUUUAACAUAUCUUUAUUUCGAGCUAGGGAAUGAAUUGUGUGAAAUGUUGCCCGAAAAUGAAUGGCCAGUUGAAAAAUUAAAAGAGUUAUUGUUAUUUGCUGAGAUAAGAAGAAGAACACACUUAAUCAAACAUAGUGACCAAGUCGAUCAAACGUAUUUAGAAGGAAUGACUUUGAUGGAGCGAAAAAUGUUUAACUCAUUUUUUAAGGGGUCUGAUAUGGAUAAAGAUAAUGCAAAAUCCAAUAGAAAAAUUUUUAACUUUUUUGAAUAUGAUUUGUAA